AUGCCCCACUUGCCUCGACUUCCACAUGGAUUGGACAAUCUCCCUGUACCAAAUUUGCCGAACGGAAAGCAUCCUCCAGGAUCAGUUGGAGGUUUAUGGCCAGACUUUCCACAUUUUCCUCCCUUCAGUUCUCAUCGUUUACCCCAGUCACCGCAUCCAAGCAAUCGACCGACGCUAAAUAUUCCUGGCAAGUCGCCUGACGGAUCCGGGCUGUGGCCAUUCCAUUCACUCAAUAUAAGUCAUCCUGAUGAAUCCCAUCAGCCAAUGCAACCGAACAAUCUACCGAUAUCAGAUGCACCCAACAGAAUACAUCCGGAAUUGGGUAAUCACCCACAGUCGCCUUGUGAACCAGAGGAUUGUAAGGAUAUAGCGGAUAGUGAUGUAUGUGAGAUGUUAGCACCAAUAUGUGUGGAUACAAAGGUAGAUUUUAUGAUCAACAUGAUAAAAUGCAAAGCGCAGAGACGGGACGAGGCUAUUAUUCACUAUCAGAAGGUUAUCUCAUGGCUGCGAAAAUCGAGACGUGUCGCGCUGAUAUCUUCAGUUAAUGAACUGAGUGAAUGGAUCAACGAAACCUCUCAAAUCCGAAAUAUUUUCUUCGAUGAUCCUAUGAUGCAGUUGGAAAUCGAACAACUCUUCCGCAUUUCGCACUCUGGUCAAGAUAGCGUUUGCAAAGAACUCUUCAGCAGGUCCAAAUCAUUUCAUUAA